CUCUCUCAGUGGAGGACUUCCACUUAAAUGCGGUUCCAGGUUUGCCAGGCACCCCGGAGCAUCACUCCUCCUGUGAGCAGGCAAAUGCAACAUGCUCUCCAGCCUGGGGUGUCUGCUUCUCUGUGGAAGUAUUGCCCUUGCCCUGGGAAAUGCACAGAAAUUGCCAAAAGGUAAAAGACCAAGCUUGAAAGUGCACAUCAACACCACCAGUGACUCCAUCCUCUUGAAGUUCCUGCGUCCAAAUCCAAGUGUAAAAUUGGAAGGUUUUCUCUUGGGAUAUGGCAGCAACGUGUCUCCAAACCAAUACUUCCCUCUUCCCACAGAAGGGAAAGUCACUGAGGCAGUAGUAGAUGCGGAGCCAAAGUAUCUGAUAGUCGUGCGACCUGCUCCUCCUCCCAGUCAGAAGAAGUCAUGUUCAGGGAAAUCUCGCUCUCGAAAACCUCUCCAGCUUGUGGUUGGUACUUUGACACCAAGUUCAGUCUUCCUGUCCUGGGGUUUCCUCAUCAAUCCGCACCACGACUGGACAUUACCAAGUCACUGUCCCAAUGACAGAUUUUAUACAAUUCGAUAUAGAGAAAAAGAUAAAGAAAAGAAAUGGAUUUUUCAACUCUGACCAGCUACUGAAACAAUUGUGGAAAAUCUCAAGCCCAACACAGUAUAUGAAUUUGGUGUAAAAGACAAUGUAGAAGGUGGAAUUUGGAGCAAGAUUUUCAACCAUAAGACCAUUGUUGGAAGUAAAAACAAAGUAAAUGGGAAAAUCCAAAGCACUUAUGACCAGGUCCACACAGUGCCAGCAUAUGUCCCGAGGAAGCUAAUCCCAAUAACAAUCAUCAAGCAAGUGAUUCAGAAUGUUACCCACAGGGCUUCAACGAAAGCCCCAGAGAAGACUCCCUUUGGAGGAACAAUACUAGUUCAUCUUAUUAUUCCGGGUCUUAAUGAUUCCACAGUAAAACUUCCCACAUCCAUAAUGCUUGAGAUUUCGGAUGCUCUCAAGGCACAAUUAGCUAAGAAUGAAACGUUUACAUUAGCAGCAGAAUCUAAAACGCCAGAAGUUGAAAAAGUUGAAGCCCAGCCAGUAACAGUGACUCCAGAAACAGUUUCAAGAAGCAUUAAGCCCACAGUGUCUAGUGCCUUAGACACAGCAGAAACGGCACUGGACCUCAGUGAGAAGACCCCAGAAACAGCACAUUCAGUUCUAAUACCUGAGUCUGAAUUGCCUUUGAGCACUCUAGCCCCAAAAAGGUUCCCAGAGUUUCCUGAGGCAAAACUAGACUUCCCUUUGGAGAAACCAGAGGAUACCUUGGCUUCAAGUGAAGAGCCGUGGGUGGCACCUGGAGCUAAGACAUCUGAAGAUUCCAAGUUUGUACAGCCUCAAACUGAAACUCACGAUCUUACCUCAAGCUCAACAACUUCAGAUGAGACGGCAAAAGAGCCCCACACAGCAACAAGCGAUCGUACUCUGGACUCUGUCCCACCUAAAACUCCUAGAACUCCUGAAGAGCCAAAGGCAACACUGGCUUCAAGCGAAGCAUCAUUUGAUCCUCAAAAUGUGGAAGUCUUCACCAGUCCUGAAGUGCAACCAACAACAACUGCUCCCCAGCAAACUACGUCUAUCCCCACCACACCUAAACGACGCCCCAGACCCAUCACGCCAAAAGUUAAACCUGCCCCAAAACCUGAGACUCUACCAUCAGCACCAUCAACAAAGGCUCCCAGGCAGACACCCGGUACUCCCCACAAGCUUAAAACAACACCACGCCCAAGAAUCCCACCACAACCUCCAGUUCCUAGGGGAUCUCAGCACACUAUUUCCAAACCAAAAAUGCCACCGAGUCCUGAAGUGACAGACACUAAAUCUGUUCCAACGGAUGAACAACUUUCCCAUAAAACAGACCCUGAGAGCUCUCAUAGCGAAACUGUCCUGCCCCCUGUCACCGUUAGAGCUGGGCCACCGAAGCCAACAAUAGCACCCUUAGAGACACGGGACAUUACUUCCACACCUGUAAUUUCACCACGACCCAGUCAAGAGGAGCUACAAACCACCUGGGAAGAAACAGAUCAUUCUACCCAGGCGAUCUUCACAACUAAGAUUCCACGGACGACUGAAUUGGCAAAGACAACUCAGGCACCACACAGAUUGCACACGACUCCUGUGAGGCCCAGAAUACCUGACAGACCACAUGCCAGGCCAGUUCUGAACAAAACAACCACAAAGCCUGGUAAAACCAAACCCAAAGUGAUACCCCGUGGAAACGGAGUGGGAACAGGAACCAAGCAAGCACCUAAGCCGUCAAGUACUGGGAGAAAUAUGUCCGUGGACUCACAUGCCACGAAAAAACCAGCCACAAUUCCAGGAACUCGUCGUCCAUUCAUUCCUCCUAGACCUAUGCCCCCUAGACCUAUACCUCCGCAGAGAAAGCCUUUGCCACCAAAUAAUGUCACCGGAAAGCCAGGAAGUGCAGGAAUAAUUUCCUCGAGCAGAGUGACUUCCCCACCGCUGAAGGCAACACUAAAACCUACCGGAACAGCCGUAGAGAGAUCAGAGGCAGAGAAAAAGCAUCCAACCACUCCAGCUUCCGAAGAAGAAAUUGGCAGUACGACUGAUUUUAGUUCAAGCCCAACGAAAGAAACCGAUCAUCUUGGGAAGCCCAGAUUCACAGGCCCUCAUGUGCGAUACAUCCCAAAGCCAGACAACAAGCCCUGUUCCAUCACUGACUCCGUCAGAAGGUUCCCUACAGAGGAAGCCACAGAGGAGAAUGCCACCAGCCCACCACAGAACCCUCCUACCAACCUCACAGUGGUCACCGUGGAAGGCUGCCCCUCAUUUGUCAUCUUGGACUGGGAAAAGCCACUAAAUGACACUGUCACUGAAUAUGAAGUUAUAUCCAGAGAAAAUGGGUCAUUCAGCGGGAAGAACAAAUCCAUUCAAAUUACCAAUCAAACCUUUUCUACAGUAGAAAACUUGAAACCAGAUACAAGCUAUGAAUUCCAGGUGAAACCCAAAAAUCCACUCGGUGAAGGCCCUGCCAGCAAGACGGUGGCAUUCAGUACUGAAUCAGCUGACCCAAGAGUGAGUGAGCCAAUUUCUGCAGGAAGAGACGCCAUCUGGACAGAAAGACCCUUUAAUUCAGACUCUUACUCCGAAUGCAAAGGCAAACAAUAUGUUAAAAGGACAUGGUAUAAGAAAUUUGUCGGAGUCCAGCUGUGUAACUCUCUGAGAUACAAGAUUUACUUAAGCGACUCCCUCACAGGAAAGUUUUACAACAUAGGAGAUCAGAGGGGCCAUGGAGAAGAUCACUGCCAGUUUGUGGAUUCAUUUUUAGAUGGCCGCACGGGACAGCAGCUAGCCUCUGACCAGCUACCCACCAAAGAAGGCUACUUCAGAGCCGUUCGUCAGGAACCUGUCCAGUUUGGAGAGAUAGGCGGUCAUACCCAAAUCAAUUAUGUCCAGUGGUACGAAUGUGGGACCACAAUUCCUGGGAAAUGGUAGCUGCAGCACAGCUGUUUCCAAAGAAACAAAGAACCCGUUGGAAAGCCUAUGGUGUUUGUCACCCCCCACUCCAAGCUCUGUUGUUUACUGUGUAUAAAAGUCUGCAGCCCAACUGAGAGCAGCACUCGAUGUUCAUUGUUAGAAAAGAUUUCUGAGACGAUUUAUCAGGUUUACAAAGAUGCUUUAAGAAAGCAAGAUUAUUAACAUUAAUAGAAUAACAUUUUUUAGGGAAGCGGGCUCCCUAUUCGUGAUAUUUUAAGAGAACAUUUGUAUAUUAUUUAUCACACUGUUGUAAUGUUUUCAGAUACUUUUAUAACAAAAUUAAUGUCAAAAAAUCUUUAAUAUGCUUUAUAAAAAGUAUUUACUUUAUGAAUGUGUACGUGUUGUUGUUGGUGAGUUAAUCCCAUAAGUCUCUACUUGGUUUAACUUAUUGGAUCAAAUAAUCUUCAGCAUAGACAUGUGAGAGAAAGUGGAUCUAAUAUUUAAAAUUAUGUAAACUUCAAUUUGUUAGCAUCAGAUGAACAGAUUUUUGAGUUUAAAUAGUUACGUAUUCAUGCUAACUUCUCCAUAACCUAUCAGCAAAUUACUGAAAAGAAAAAUCUAUGUAAUUUUAUCUCAACCAAACAGCUGAUAAUCUGACAUGUCAAAUGAUAAAUUNUAAAUUUUGAUGUUUUGAUUCUGUACCCAUAAUAUUACGUCUAAAAAUACUUUCUCAAACUCUUCCUUUUAACAUUCUUUUGAGCGGCUCUAUGGUCCUGUUCAUGCAGUAUGUAGAGACUGAGUGUGAAGUCAGCAUGGAAAGACAACGCAUGUGAGAUGCUAUUGUUUUAGAGGAUAUAUUAUAUAUUUAUACAUUAAGGCCAUGAAUGAAUGUAUCAGAGGUUGUUUUGUGGACACUGUUUACUUAUGCUGUAACAAAACUGACUCAUUAUGAAGCGGGGUACAUAUUUCUGGGAGGGAGCAAGAAUAUUAUUGCCUGCCCUGAAAAAAACUUUUCUCUAUGUGUAUCUUUCAAUACGCUUCAGUUUUAUCAAUGCUACAUUUUGUACUUUUCAAGCAAAUAUAAACUCUGCAAUAAAAAGAUAAUAGGUUUCUAAAAAGUGA